AACGUCCAUGUGCGCCAUUUUAAGUGAUCCAAAGUUUUUUCUAUUACAUGGCAAGCAGCCUUAUUGAAUCUGAAGGGUGACAGCCUGUCUCAACCUUGCCCCUAAGCAUACUUGACGUAUUCACAGCUACCAUAAUCGCGAGCAGUAUAAUCAAAAAUGACGGAGUCAAAGAAAAGUGCUAAUUUCGUUGACAGCUCAAGGAUGUUUUUCGCUGGAGGCACAGCCGGAGCCAUCGCAAGGACAUGCACUGCACCGCUAGAUCGCAUCAAGCUCCUUUUUCAAGUACAGGCAGUAGCCGGUCCGGGCACAUCACCUACAGCAUAUACAGGAGUCUUCCAGUCUGCAGCUAAGAUUUUGCGUGAGGAGGGCUUCUUGGCGUUCUGGAAGGGCAAUGGCGUCAACAUCAUCCGCAUCUUCCCCUACUCGGCAGCGCAGCUGGCCGCCAACGACACCUACAAGCGGCUGCUGGCUGACGAGCGGCACGAGCUGAGUGUGGGUCGGCGGCUGCUGGCGGGCGCGGGGGCGGGCAUGAGCGCCACCGCCCUCACGCACCCGCUGGACACCGUGCGGCUGCGGCUGGCGCUGCCCAACCACCCCUACAAGGGCGCGCUGCAUGCCGCGGGUGUGAUGGCCCGCACGGAGGGGCUCAUGUCGCUGUACAAGGGGCUGGUGCCCACCCUCAUCGGCAUCGCGCCCUACGCCGCACUCAACUUUGCAACCUACGACAUGAUCAAGAAGUGGCUCUACCAUGGGGAGAGGCCCCAGUCCCCCCUGGCCAACCUGCUGGUGGGCGGCGCCUCGGGCACCCUGGCCGCCUCCGUGUGCUACCCGCUGGACACCAUCAGGCGCCGCAUGCAGAUGAAGGGGCGCGCCUACGCAGGGCAGAUGGACGCCUUCCGCACCAUCUGGGCGCGCGAGGGCUGGGCGGGCUUCUACCGCGGCUGGGUGGCCAACAGCGUCAAGGUGGUGCCGCAGAACGCCAUCCGCAUGGUGUCGUACGAGGCGAUGAAGGGGAUGCUGGGGGUCAAGAAGGCCAAGACGGAUACGUAAGGAGCAAGGGGUGG